AUGGAAGAAGAGAAGAAGAUAGUGGAGGAGAUUGGGGAGAAGGAAGGAGCAGAUGCGGCGAAUGGCACCCCCUCCCCUUCGCCCUCGAAGAAGAAGCAGAAGCAGGUGCACGGCAUCCUCAAGAGCGGCAAGAAGGAAGCCAGGAACUCAGGAGUCGUCUGGGAUGAGGACAAUUUGAUUUACAAUGAAUCAAACAAGAGCGCUACGAUGAAGAUCGACGAACCGCCUACGCCCUAUAACAAGGAAUACGAUUCGGCCGAAGAUGAUGAAGAGGAGUCCACGUCGUCGUCAGAGAAGGAGAAGGGAUCGAAAUCGGACGAUGAUGGCGAGCGCACGUCCAGCGCUACUCGCAGGAAUCACAGGGAAGACAUCAAGACCGAGGAAGCUGCCCGUGCUCACUUUGAUCAAGUGAGCACCGCUCUCGAGGAAAGCAAGCGGCGCCCGGCCAGAACCGCACGACCGCGCUUCUCCAGCGACGAAGACACCACCGAAGAUGAUGAAGGCGCCGAACACGGAGAGAAGCGCGGCGAGUUUAAGAAGAAGCGCAUGCAGCACUACAACGAGUGGAAGAGGCUACAAGAGUUCAGGAGAAGCCACAGCAACGACGCCAGCGAGGGGGAGGACGACGCGGAGGAAGAAGAGGACGACGACAAAGAUAGGGAUGACGACGACACCAGGACCGCCAAAGCGCUGAGGACGUAA